AUGGAAUCACCGUGCAUUAUCUUGAGCACGGAAAAGAGGGGUAGCUUCACCUGGAAAGAAGGCUAUGAGGAUGUGAACGACUCAGAUUUGGAAACUCUCCUGAUCAUCAGCAGAGAAACUUUAUAUUCACUUAGAUCAGAAGUCCAGGCACGUAAACUGGUGUUAGAUCCAGAGCAAUCGAGUGCUGUUUCGGAAUGCACCGAGAAAGUGCGGAAAAACGUAAAGAACUGGAGCAUUCUAGAGCGGUUGGACAAGAAAGAGUCGGAGCUCGUUGAUUCCGCCAUCAAAGUCCUGUUAUCCAAACAGACAACACGUGAGGGAAAGUGUUACCAAACCUUCCUUCGUGAUGUCUGUUGCCAAUGCAACCGGACGUUGGUCAUGCUGUGCGCAGCAAGUCUAGGCAAACACAGAAUUGCAUCUCUCAAUGCACAAGACAGGACAAGUCUGCUGCAGUAUCUCAAGCAGAAUCAGAAAGCUCUCUCUUCGCCCGCCCUAGAUUCGCUUGCCAAAAAGCAUCAGAUACCCGAGAAGACUGGUGAGUCCUCGCCGCCUACACGCAACAUUGUAGCUAACUCGUCUUUUAAGAUGCAGAGCCUGAUUGGCCGGGGGAAUUACACGCACGUAGCUUAA